AGCUACUAGCACAGAUAACGUUCAUACGACACUGGCCCCGGGCAGUCGGCAAAUGAUCAUAUGACCCGGUCGUCACCCCCUCGCCGAGUCUGCUUACGUGAGCGAGAUUGCGGAGCCGACAAGCUCAAAGGUCGCAUGUAUCCAAGUAGCUACGAGUAGUGAUCGUAGUGAUCGACAAUACUCGUUUACACAACCAUCCCUUCCAUCUAACGUCUUCUCCUAUCAAGCGCAAACAACCUCAACAUGUCUUUAGCUGACGAGUUGAUGAACGAUCUGGACGGUCUCUCGGACGAGGGGGGACCUUCCGACACGGAACAGCCUGUUGCUGGACCCAGCUCGGCUGCCAAUGGCGACAUGGGCCCUCCAGCAUUGCCCAGUGGCGUCAAAAGCGUACAAGACGACGAAGACGAUGACAUGAAGCCUGUGGAGGAGGAAGAGAAGUUGGAGAGCGGCGAGUCUGUGGCGGGCUACGUACCUGCAGGAGGUACACGGCCAGCAGAAGAGCUGGACCGGGACGAGGUCGAACAUAUGAACCUCAAGACGAUUGAGAAUGUCGAGUCGGUGGUGAAGCUCCACAAGUCGAAGAGGCUGCAUGAAGCUCUUGCCAAAAUCGAAUUCUACUCCAACACAGACAAGCCCAUUGACAAUUCCAUCGAGAGUGGCCCAAUAGAGGAGAAUCCUGAAUACGCUUUGAUCGUUCAAGCGAACAACCUGAGUGUCGAGGUAGACAACGAGCUGCUUCUCGUUCACAAGUUCAUUCGCGACCACUACUCUAUUCGUUUCCCGGAGCUCGAGCAGAUCAUCGCGGAUCCUUGGGACUACAUUAAUGCCGUGAGAUCGAUCGGCAAUGCGGAGGAUCUCACCAAGCCAAAGACGCCUUUGGGAGGCCGACAUGGCCUGGGUGUCAGCAUGACUGCUUCGAUCUCUCGAGGGAGAAUGCUAUCUUCAGGGGAGUGGCAAGUCAUCGAAAAGGCGUGUGAUGUGGCAGUAGAGCUGAGGGACGCACGAGAGAAGAUCUUCGCUUAUGUCGAAUCUCGAAUGAACAUUCUCGCCCCAAAUGUCUCAAACAUUAUCAGCACGACUAUCGCUGCUAAACUUCUCGGUGUAGCCGGAGGUCUCGCUGCCUUUGCUAAAACGCCUAGUUGCAAUAUCUACCUGUUUGGAGCUCUGAAAAAGAGUAUGGCUACGUCAUAUCUGUCGGCAGCGGGUCAGCAACGUCAUACCGGCUUCGUCUACCAGUCACCGAUCGUUCAAGGAGCUCCUCCCGAGUUGCGUAAAAAGGUGCAGCGGACCGUGGCGAGCAAGUUGGUUCUCGCUGGAAGAGUGGAUCUGGAGAGGAAGUGCAGGGAUGGUGCUUUCGGCCAGGAGCUGUACGAGAAGCUGGUCAAACACAUCGAAAAGAUGGCUGAGCCUCCACCAAGCAAGAUUACCAAGGCCUUACCGAUCCCCCAGGAGACUAACCGAAAGAAGCGAGGUGGUCGAAGAGCUCGAAGCCAGAAGGAAGGAUUCGCUCAGACCGAGCUGCGCAAACUGCAGAACCGUAUGGUCUUCGGUCAAGCUGAGGACGAGACUGGUUUGGGCGAAGAAUCUGUCGGUCUCGGUAUGAUCGGGAGUUCGAGUGGGAAGAUCAGGGCAGAAGCGGUCAGCAAGGCUAGCAAAGCCAAAAUGUCAAAGUCGAACCGACUACGAACGCAACUGCUCAGCAAGGCUGCUCAGAACAGCAACAAUCCUACGUUGUCUGGUACUGCUACCAGCUUGGCCUUUACUCCGGUUCAAGGAAUCGAAAUCGCUACCCCAUCACUGUCUGCCGCACAGAGGGUCGCAGCGGCAAACGACAGGUGGUUCGGUGGUGGAACAUUCACGCACGUCAAAAAGGAGACGAGCAACAUUCCUGGACAGAACAGCACCAAGCCGAGUGGAUCUGGAUGAUUCGUUGCGAGCGUACCAUGGUAUAGACAUUAAACGUGCAACCGCGAUCGAGUGUUGUAUCACAAUAGUUGCGAGAUACAUAUGAGAGCAUCAUCUUAUGCU